AUGAAAUUAAUCGAUUUUAUCGUUCCAUCAUUUUAUUACAGAAUUUCUCAAGAUAUAAGGCUCAGAGACAAAAUUCCAAAUCCGUUGCCAUCUGAAAAAAAGCCAAAAAAGUCUACAAUCAGACUGGAUACAGAAAAAUGUAUAAUGCUCACUGAUAAAAUUAAAUCGUUAAUAGUUAACUCAUCAGCAAACUUAAAUACGCUUCAAUUGGGUUUAGAUGACCUACUUGAUAAAGUUGUCAAGGCAGCAAAGGUUCAAAAACGAAUGACCCAGUAUUUUUCGAAAUUAAGUAUCCCAAUGGAAAUCAAGCUUAGUAUUCUCACGCAAAUUACAGAAUUUGGAUGCAAUACCCCUCAAUUCAUUGUUGAGAAUGCCAAGUCUUUUCAAGAUAAAAUUAUUACAGAUUUCCACCUUCAAAUUUAUACAACAUUAUAA